UAGGGAGUGCAUUUUUAAGACGGAUUCGUCCGACGUUUAUGUGAGGGUGACCAGCUAGCUGAUAGCUGAGUCAAUUUGUGUGACUUAAUUUGCGACCACGUAGCAGUAUAUGUAUAGUAUUAGUAUAGCCCCGAAGUUAGUUGAAGACCUCUUGGAGUAGAGAUCGAGGAAGAAGAAAUAAUCAAUGGAGUGUUGGGAGAAGAAGCCAAGGAAUCUGGGUGGCUCGCUGCCGGUGCCCAACGUGCAAGACCUCGCCGCCCGCCCGGACCACCUCACGCCCACCCUCCUCCGCCGCUAUCUUCGCCCGCACCACCUGUCCCUGCCCGCCGACGACCACCAUGCCAUGGCUAUGAUACCUGUCGUUGACUUUGCCAGGCUCAUCGAUCACCAUGAGGAGGCCGCCAAGCUGAGGCACGCCUGCGAGGAGUGGGGUUUCUUCCAGGUGAUCAACCACGGAAUCGCCGACGAGACGGUGGAGGAGAUGAAGCGCGACGUCAUGGCCUUCUUCAACCUCCCGCUGGCCGACAAGGCGGCGUUCGCGCAGCAGCCGGAAUGGAUCGAGGGCUACGGCCAGGCGUUCGUCACGUCGGAGGACCAGACGCUGGACUGGUCCGACCUCUACUUCCUCACCACGCAGCCGCCCAGCUACCGCGAUCUCCGCUUCUGGCCACCGGAGACAUCCUCCACCUUCCGCCGCUCCAUGGACCGCUACUCCCUCGAGACGCAGCGGGUGGCCACCGAGCUCCUCCGAGCCAUGGCGCGCAACCUGGGCCUGCGCGACGCCGACAAGAUGACAAGGCUCGCCGCGGCGCAGUCCAUGCGGAUGAACUACUACCCGCCAUGCCCGGCCAAGGAGAGGGACAGGGUCCUGGGCGUGUCGCCGCACUCGGACGCCGUGGGGCUGACGCUGCUGCUGCAGGUGAGCCCGGUGAAGGGGCUGCAGAUCAGGAGGGGCGACGACUGGAUCCCCGUCGACCCCAUCCCCGGCGCACUGGUGGCGAACGUCGGCGACGUGGUCGAGAUGGUGACGAACGGCAGGUACAAGAGCAUCGAGCACCGGGUGGUGGUGGACGCGGCGCAGGAGCGGGUGUCCGUGGCGGCGUUCCACAACGCCACGUUCGGGUCGACGUACGGACCACUGGAGGAGAUGGUGGGAGGCGGCGAGGCGCGCUACCGGAGCAUCAGCGUGGAGGACUACGUCAGGCUCGUCGUCUCCAGCAAGCUCCAGGGCAAGAACAUCUUGGACGCUGUCAAGAUUAUUACUACGACUUAAUUUCUCAUCUUAUCAUGCCUGCUGAUUAAUCAAUCAAUCAAUCUCCCUGGUUGGUUGGUUGCUGCCGAGUAAACUAUUCAUGCCACUUCAAUUAUUAGUAGGUAAAAAGGAUCUAUCAUGCAUACUACUUUCCGUUUUUAUUGGAGUAAGGUUUAUAUAGGAGUACCUUUGAAUAAACAAACAAAUCUCGUCUACUUUGAUGUAAAGGUUUGUUGUAUAUGAGGUUUGCUUCAUUGUACGCUACAGUUGCCUGAGUAUACGGCUAAUGUACAUGUGUCUUGCUACAUAAACAAUUAGUAAUUACAAGGUACACAAGCUUUAGCAAA